CCCCCCCCCCCCCCAAACUCAUAUAGGCUUACCUUAUCAACCAUUUAUCAAGAAACAGAUGAAAGAAAAGAAGAAAACAACGCCGAAUCCAGUGCUAUCCCAAAGAAAAGAAAAGAAAGAAAGAAACCAGUCUCUGGUUUCCCCCCCACUGUUAUUCUCGGUUGUCCCCCCCUACCUCUCUCUCUCUCUCUCUCUGCGUCCCGAUAUACAUAA